GCCGGGGGCCCGCGAAGCUCUCCCGGAGAGGUGCCCCUCAGGGAGCCUGGGCCCGAGAGUCUGGGGGCCACCCGCUCGGCCGGGCCGCGCGGGAAGCCGAGUCGGGAGGCGCCUCCCCAAGGUCAGUGGGCGAGCGCGAGGAGGGUCCUGGGCGUCGCGGGGCCGAGCCCGCCCCUGGACUCAGGUUUGAGAAGCAGCCGCCCGUGCUCACACCGCUGAGGUGGCCGAGAUGACGGAGUCCUACGCAAAGAAGCUGACUGCCAUCCUGCUGGAGGCCAUCACCGACAGGGAGCCUCUGGUGCAGGAGCAGGUGUGUGGCGCCCUGUGUGCCCUUGGAGAGGCGCAGCCAGCGGAGGUGCUCAGCGCCUGUGAGGAGCACCUGUGGCAGCACGAGAAGUUGGCACAUCCUUACCGGACGAUGAUCCUGAGGGCCAUGGAGACGGUUGUGAGCAGUCACCUCAGUGAGCUGGACAAGGACAUGGCCAGGGCUGUCAUCUUCUUGGCCUCCAGCGAGAUGACCAGGGUGAAGGAAUUGGUGUGUGACUGGCAGCAGGCUGCGAGCAACGUCCUGGUGGCUGUUGGGAAGCAGUUCAUCGGCAAGGUGAUGGAGGAGGUGCUGAGCAAGUUCCAGCCGGGGGCCCUGCCGCACUACUUCGUCGUGCAGACCCUUGCCAACCUCGCGGCCUCCAACGUGUUCGGCAUGGUGCCCUUCCUGACACCCAUCCUGAGCACCAUGUUGCCCAUGCUGGGCAUGGCCAAGCACGAUACGAUGAGGGUGGUCUUCUGCUCUGCCCUGCAGAACUUCAGCGAGAGCGCCCUGGAAUACCUGGCCAGCCGGGACCAGGCCCCAGACCCCACGGUCAGGAGGGACACCUUUGCCGCUGACAUCUUCAGUGCCUACGACAUCCUCUUCAACCACUGGCUGCAGAGCCGUGAGGCCAAGCUCCGGCUCGCCGUGGUGGAGGCCCUGGGGCCCAUGAGCCACCUGCUGCCCAGUGAGCGGCUGGAGGAGCAGCUCCCCAAGCUCCUGCCGGGGGUCCUGGCCCUCUACAGGAAGCACGCCGAGACCUUCCACGUGUCCAAGAGCCUGGGCCAGAUCCUUGAGGCUGCGGUGAGUGUGGGAAGCCGCACGCUGGAGGCCCAGCUGGACACACUGCUGGCUGCUCUGCACGCUCAGAUCUGUGUGCCCGUGGAGUCGUCCAGCCCCCUGGUGGUGAGCAACCAAAAGGAGGUGUUACGCUGCUUCACCGUGCUGGCGUGCUGCGCGCCUGACCGCCUGCUGGCCUUCCUGCUGCCCAAGCUCGAUGCCAGCAAUGAGAGGAUCCGCGUGGGCACCCUGCAGGUCGUGAGGCACGUCAUCAACUCAGCUGCUUCUCAGAUGGAAGUGAAGAAGCCCUUUAUUCUGUCCUCCAUGAGACUUCCUCUUCUGGACACCAACAGCAAGGUGAAGCGGGCCGUGGUGCAGGUGAUCAGCGCCAUGGCCCACCACGGCUACCUGGAACAGCCUGGAGGAGAGGCCAUGGUCGAGUACAUCGUGCAGCAGUGUGCGCUGCCGCCCGAGACAGAGCCUCAGAAGCCGGGUGCCGACGGCGAGGACCUCACCGGGGACGGUGUGCGGGCCAUCAGCGUCAGCACCCUCUACCUGCUCAGCACCACCGUGGACAGGAUGAGCGACGUCCUCUGGCCGUACCUGCUGGAGUUUCUCACACCCGUGCGCUUCACCGGGGCGCUGACCCCACUCUGCAGGAGCCUGGCGCACCUGGCCCAGAAGAGGCAGGAGGUGGGGGCCGGUGCCUUCCUCCUCCCGUACGACAGCAACGCGACCCUGCCCUCACCCUACGCCAUAACCACGAGGCUCCUGACUGUGUCUUCCACGCCCUACCUGGGGGGUGGCCGCGGGGCCGCGUCGCUGCGCCUCUUGAACAUCCUGCACCGUGACAUCCACCCUCUGCUGGGCCAGCGGUGGGCCACGACUGUCCCGCUGCUGCUGGCGCACCUGGACGAACAUACGGAAGAGACCCUGUCCCAGAAGGAGUGGGAGGAAAAGCUGCUGGCGUUCCUCCGGGACACUCUGGCUGUUGUGUCUGACAACACGUGGAUUUGCCAGCUGAGCCUAGAGAUGUGCAGGCAGCUGCCCUGCUACAACGGGACGCCCCAGGAGAAGAACUUCCUGUAUAAAUGCAUUGGGACCACGUUAGGCGCCGCUUCAAGCAAGGAGGUGGUGAGGAAGCAUCUGCAAGAGCUGCUGGAGACGGCCAGAUACCAGGUGGAGGCGGAGCGCGAGGGCCUCGCCUGUUGCUUUGGGAUCUGUGCCAUCUCUCACCUGGAUGAUGUAUUGGCCCAGCUGGAGGACUUCAUGAGGUCAGAUGUGUUCAGGAAAUCCACCGGCAUUUUCAACAUUUUUAAGGACCGAAAUGAGAAUGAGGUGGAGAAGGUGAGGAGCACCGUGAUCCUGUGUUACGGCCACGUGGCGGCGCGGGCCCCCCGUGAGCUGGUGCUGGCCAAGGUCGAAUCGGACAUCCUCCGGAACAUAUUCCAGUACUUCAGCACCAAGGUUCUGGGAAUAAAGGUAGAGACCAAGGACCCGGCUCUGAAGCUGUGUCUCGUCCAGAGCGUCUGCAUGGCCAGCCAGGCCAUCUGCAGCAGUGCACAAGCUGGCUCUUUCCACUUCUCGAGGAAAGCCGAGCUGGUGGCCCAGAUGAUGGAGUUCAUCAAGGCAGAGCCCCCAGACUCCCUGAGAACGCCCAUUCGGAAGAAGGCCAUGCUCGCCUGCACUUACCUGGUCUCCCUGGAGCCAGCACUGGAAGAACAAGUGCAGGCUGACAUGGUCCAUGGCUGUCUACACAGCGUCAUGGCUGUGCCGCCCGAGCCCGAGGCCGAGGACGACCGCCAGGAGUCUCUGUACCUGGACACCAUGCACGCCCUUGAAGAUUUGCUGACGAGCCUCCUCCGGCGGAACAUGACCCCCCAGGGCCUGCAGAUCAUGGUGGAGCACCUGAGCCCGUGGAUCAAGUCCCCGCGGGGCCAUGAGAGGGUACGGGCCCUGGGCCUAAGCUCCUGCCUGCUGCACCACUUCCUGGAGCACCUGCACGUCAGCGCCCUGGUGCCCUUCCACAACCUGGGCCUCCUCAUAGGCCUCUUCUCCCCGCGCUGCGCGGACUUGUGGCCCGCCACCCGCCGCGAGGCCGUGAGCUGCGUCCAUGCCCUGCUGUACCUCCAGCUGGGCUACGAGGGCUUCUCCCGUGACUACCGGGAUGAUGUUGCCGAGCGGCUCCUCACGCUGCAGGAAGGCCUCGUGCAGCCCGACCCUGCUGUCCUCUUCCACACAUGCCACAGCAUAGCCCAGAUUAUUGCCAAGCGCCUCCCGCCAGAGCAACUCAUCAGCCUCCUGCUGACCUUGUUUGAGAGUCUGGGUGACUCAGACAAGAACUGUUCGAGGGCGGCUACCGUCAUGAUCAACUGCCUGCUGAGGGAGCGAGGGAGCAUGCUCCAGGAGAAGGUGCCCGAGAUCGUGAGUGUGCUGCGCUCGAAGCUGCAGGAGACCCGAGAGGAGCACGUCCUGCAGGCCGCGCAGCACAGCGUGUACCUCCUGGCGUCCCAGCACUGCGCCGCCGUGGUGUCCAGCCUUCUGGGCAGCCCCCUGCCCUUCGACAGCCACACCUGCAGCCUCUGGCGGGCGCUGGCCACGGAGCCCAGCCUCAGCACGCAGGUCCUGGCGCUGCUCCUGGAGAAGGUGAGCAGGGACGUCCCGUUCAAGGAGACCCGGGCCUUCCUGCUGAGCAGCUCUCCCGGCCGCGAGGCCACGCUGCUGCCCCUCGCGGCCACGUGUGCCCUGUACGAGGUCCUGAGCGUCCCCGCGUCGGGCCCUGUGGUGCUCGAGCUGUACCCACAGCUGUUCACCACGCUCCUGCUGCGGGUCAGCUGCACUCUGGGCGUCCUGCUGCCCCGGAGCCUGCAGGCCAAGGAGAGGAGGAGCGUGGGCUCGGCUCUGGCCCCCAGGAGCCUCGAGCCCUGCAGCUCCGCAGUGGAUGCCCUGCAGGCCAUGCUGCUCCGGGGGGGCAGUGAGGACGUGGUGCAGCGCAUGGAGCUGGAGGGGGGCUGGCGGCUGCUCGGGAGCUCAGCAGGGCACGAGGAAGGCGUCACCCGCCUGGCCAGCGCCAUGGCCAGGUCUGCAGGCCCCCGGCUGCCCCUGGUGAUGAAGGCGCUCGUGUGCACACAGAGCAGCGUGUACGAGACGCAGAGGGUCACUUCCACAGCCUUCCUGGCCGAGCUGCUCGCCGCCAACGUGGUGAACGACCUAAUGCUUCUGGAGUCGCUGCUGGACAACCUGGCGGCGCGGCAGAAGGACACGUGUGCCAGCGUGCGGCGGCUGGUGCUCCGAGGCCUGGCCAACGUCGCCUCCGGCUCCCCGGAAAAGGUGCGGGCCCACGGCCCCCAGCUCCUAACAGCCAUGAUGGGCGGGCUGGACGACAGGGACGACCCGCACAGCCUGGUGGCCCUGGAGGCCAUGACGGGCCUGGCAAGGCUCCUGGACUUGGUGGAACGCCGGGACCUGCACUCCGUGCUGCUGCACGUCGCCAUCCGCAUCCGGCCCUUCUUCGACAGCGAGAAGGUGGAGCUCCGUUCUGCGUCCAUCCGCCUCUUCGGGCACCUCAACAAGGCGUGCCACGGGGCCUGUGAGGACGUCUUCCUGGAGCAGGUGGUCGCUGGGCUGGUGCCCCUGCUGCUGCACCUGCGGGACCCCCAGGCCCCCGUGACCAACGCCUGCAGGUUCGCCCUGCGCAUGUGCGGCCCCAACUUGCAGCACGAGGAGCUGGCGGCCGCCUUCCAGAAGCACCUACAGGAGGGCCGGGGCCUGCACUUUGGGGAGUUCCUCAAUGCCACCUGCAAGCUGCUGAUGCACCACUUCCCGGAGCUGCUGGGCCGCCUGGCAGCCACCAGCCUCUUCUACUUCAAGAGCAGCUGGGAGGACGUCCGCGCCGCCGCCCCCAUGCUCGCGGGCUUCCUGGUGCUGCACGCGGAGCCCGAGCUCCAGCCACAGGUGGACCUGGAGCAGAUCACAGCAGCGCUGCAGCUCCUGCUCAAGGACCCAGCGCCCCUGGUGCGCAUGAAGGCUGCUGAGACCCUGGGCCGCCUGGUGAAGUUCGCCUGAGGCUCCCGCAGCAGCUCUACUCUCCGAGCAGCAUCAGCCAGGCCUGCGCCUAAACCCCCAAGAUGGGGCCCCAAGGGGCCCCCUGCUACCAGGGAUUCCAACCCCUGCCCUUCCACACGAGGCCACUGGAGCCGGGGGGGUGGGCAAGCUGUUGUAACCCUGGGUUUCCAAUAAAGCCAUCAGCUCCUCGGCA